ACCGUCGUCAGCAUGCUAAAAUCGUCGGUAAUAGCUUUCGCGUUCUGUGUGACGACACUCGCCAAUGGAUCCUACGCCCCGCGAUCGAAACCCGGUCAAUCUGGCGGAAGAAUCGUAGGUGGAGUAGCCGUCAACAUCACCGGCUAUCCGUAUCAAGUGUCUCUGCAGCGGAACCAACAUUUCUGCGGUGGUUCCGUUCUCAACGACAGGUGGAUCUUGACUGCUGCCCACUGCACCAAGGGAAUCACCAAUGCAUCUACGUUGAAAGUACGAGCCGGAUCAACGGAAGUGCGAUCCGGGGGUAUCUUGGCGCAAGUUCGCGACAUAUACUUCCAUCCUAAGCAAAACUCUUGGAGCAAUUAUGAUUUUUCGCUAUUGGAGCUUAGAGAACCGCUUAAUCUUAGCAAAACAGUUCAACCGAUUUCGUUGCCCGCUCGUAGUGAUUUCUUCGAAGAUGGAACGCUUUGUGACGUAUCCGGCUGGGGUAAUACACGAAAUGCUAAUGAGUCUUCGCUAAGUUUGAGAGCUGCUGCCGUCCCUCUGUAUAAUCAGGAAAAGUGUAGUAUCGUUUACAAAGAGUACGGUGGCGUGUCGGACAGCAUGAUUUGUGCUGGCUACGAAGAAGGAGGCAAGGAUUCAUGUCAGGGUGACUCGGGUGGACCACUGGUUUGCAAUGACGUGCUGGUAGGAGUGGUUUCCUGGGGUAAGGGCUGUGCUGACCCUGGCUAUCCCGGCGUCUACGGCAGAGUGACAACUGCAGUCGAUUGGAUAGCCGAAACUAUGAACGAAGUGGUUUCUAAGUAG